AUGAAAUCUGAAGUAGGUGCUCCUCAUAAUGCCCACCUUGCUGCCACAAAGCAGGGAGUUGCAGAGGAUGAGAGGACAGAGAAAGAGUUAGCAGGGGACCUUCAGGCAACCGGAUCCCUGGAGAGCUUUGGAGAUCCUGCUGAUCAGGAGGCAAGCACUUUGAAUCUAAUAUUCACAAUGGUAAAUCCUGGAACAUCUGGGCUGUCCACAAGCCUCAAAGUCAUAGAGAAAUUUGAAGCUUGUAUCUACCACAUUGAAACCAGACCUGUUCGAUGGAUCAAGCACAUGGGGGAUGGCCUUGAAUGCUUUGUGAAAUGUGACAUCAAAAACUCUGUAAUAAGCUCUCUUUUAGCAUCUUUAAAAAGGGUGGCAGAUGAUGUGAAAAUAGCUUCAGAGGAAAGAGUGUCUUCUUUUCCAAGAAAACUGCAAGAUUUGGAUUUGUGCCAUCACCUGAUUAUUAAAUUUGAGCCCAAUUUUGAUCAGGAUCAUCCUGGUUUUGUUGACCAAGAAUACAAGAAACGCAGAGCAUACUUUGCAGAACUCGCGUUCACUUACAAACAAGGAGACCUGUUGCCAAGAAUUGACUAUACUGCUGAAGAAACUGCCACAUGGAGAAAGGUUUACAGAUCCCUCAUCAAUUUGUAUCCGAAUUAUGCAUGCAAGCAGUACUUAGAUUCCUUCCAACAGCUGGAGAAAUACUGUGGCUUUACAGAGGAUGCUAUACCUCAGCUUCAAGACGUCUCUCAAUUUCUAAAAGAAAGAACAGGAUUCACAUUGAGACCAGCAGCAGGCUUACUCUCUGCACGGGAUUUCUUAGCUUGUCUGGCCUUCCGAGUAUUUCCGAGUACCCAGUAUAUAAGACAUCACUCUGCCUCCAUGCAUUCUCCUGAACCUGAUUGCUGCCAUGAAUUGCUGGGGCAUAUUCCCAUGCUAGCUGACAAAGAAUUUGCUCAGUUCUCACAGGAUAUUGGCCUGGCUUCACUUGGAGCAUCCGAUAAAGAUAUUGACAAACUGGCAACUCUGUACUGGUUCACUGUUGAGUUUGGUCUCUGCAAGCAGAAUGGAUCUAUUAAAGCCUAUGGAGCAGGACUUCUAUCUUCAUAUGGAGAACUUAUGUAUGCAUUUUCAAACAAGCCAGUUCUUAAACCUUUUGAUCCGGAUGUAACAGCCAUUCAGUCUUAUCAGGACACUUCAUUUCAACCAAUUUACUUUGUGUCUGAAAACUUUGAGGAUUCUAAAGUAAAACUCAGACACUAUGCUAUGAAGAUGAAGAAACCUUUCUCUCUCCGAUAUGACCCUUUCACAUGCAGCAUUGAAGUUCUUGAUUCACUUCAAAAAGUCAAGAAUAUGCUUGGUCAGAUAAAUGAUAAUCUGAAGAGCUUAUAUUUCGCAUUGGACAAAGUUUGCUGACUGCAUGAAUAAGCCAAACAUUCCCUUUUGCCAACCUAUAGAUCA